AUGCUGCGUUUCAUUACGGUCCUGGCGGCGAUAGCCACGGGCGCGCUAUCCGUCGCAGUCUCGCCUGCUUUAGCCCCAGAUAUCGACCAGACAACACAGCUUCCUCUCGUCAUCUGGCACGGUCUAGGGGACGACUUCGAGCGUGAUGGGCUGCAAGAAGUGGCUGACCUCGCUGCCUCCGCCAACCCAGGCACUCACGUCCACCUCAUUCGACUAGCUGAUACAGGAGGUGGCGACCGUCAAGCGACCUUUUUUGGCAACGUCACCGAGCAAAUCGCAACCGUUUGCCAGCAACUGGCUGCAGAGCCGAUCCUCAGCUCCGCCCCCGCCAUCAAUGCUUUGGGAUUCUCACAGGGCGGCCAAUUCCUUCGCGGCUACAUUGAACGAUGCAAUAACCCCCCGGUACACAACCUCGUUACCUUCGGCAGCCAGCACAACGGGAUUUCGGAAUUCCAGUCCUGCAAGACGGGUGAUUGGAUCUGCAACGGGGCCGAAGCACUGCUGCGCUCUGGUCAAUGGACCGAUUUCGUACAGUCCCACCUGGUUCCAGCGCAGUACUUCCGCGACCCCAACGAGCUAGAUGAUUACCUUGAGCACAGCAAUUUCUUGGCCGAUAUCAACAAUGAGCGGGUAUUGAAGAAUACGGAUUAUAAGAAACGUCUGGCAACGCUGAACAAGUUCGCGAUGUUCAUGUUCGACAAUGAUACAAUUGCAGUGCCCAAGGAGAGUGCACUUUUUGCAGAGGUGAAUAUUACCAGUGGGACGGUGACUCCGCUACAGGAACGCCCGAUUUACAAGGAGGAUUGGCUCGGAUUGAAGCAGUUGGAUGGCCAGGGCCGACUGGAUUUCAAGUCUGUCCCUGGUCAACAUAUGCAUCUGACUGAUAAAAUCCUUGAGAGAACUUUCAAGGAGUACUUCGGCCGCGUCCAGAAUUCGCAGUUACGACUUCAGAUGGAAUCGCAACAGGAGCCGGUGACCCAGCCCUUCUCAGGAUCCUCGGGCUUGUUGGUGCAAGCGCAGCCAGGCUUCUAA